AUGAAACCAACAUUAACUUUAGUCGCUCUUUUCACGUCAUCUUUGGUCCAAGCUGCAUCGGAAGCUUUGACAAUUAAGUCGACCACGAUAUCGUCAUAUUGUCCACCCUACGCCAACUCCACCGUUCCAGCUGCCGCUAUCACCAGUACUGCAAGUCGGGCGCCGGUUGUAUCAUCUUACGAAUACGAGACGGAGUACGAGAGCAACUACGUGGAAGAAACGCUUACCGAAUGCGACAGCUUUGGUGGCUGUCACGUCACGACGCAUUUGGAACGUGAAACCACCGUGACUACCUCCGUCAACGGUAUACUUACCGUGUACACUACUCUAGUGCCCGUUGAGACCGGCACCCAGGAAUGGGACGACUCGCAAGAAGAAGAAACUGAGCUUUACAAUACGACACUUACCCUUACGACAUGUUCAGAAGGCCAAUGUUCAUUGACGGCUGUGGUCACGGGCGUUUCGGUUUACACUUCCGAUUUGACGGUUUAUACCACUUUUAUCCCAGUUCACACUGAGAUUGUCACAGCUAGCACCGGCGCAGUUGCCGCUGGUGCAGUCUCGGCAACUUCCUCCUCCACUGCCACCACCGCCACAUCCGCGCCUUCAUCUUCAGCUGUUGGCGAAUCGCCGCUUGAGUCAUCGACGGUAACGGCAUACGCAACCACCGUGCUCACUGUUGUAUCAUGCAACGACGACGCUUGCAACUCACAGAUUAUCACUACCGGGUUGGGCAUCGUGAGCGAUGUUCAUACGGUGUACACUACUUAUUGUCCAUUGACUGAUUUACCUUCAUCUUCAGUAACAAAAGCAGCAGCUCCAGCAACUUCAGCAACUCCAGCUCCAGCUCCAACUACCACCACCAUCACCACCAUUACAACAGCGCCAACUCCAGCGUCAACUAAACCCAAGACCGUCAAUGUGUUCACCAACAAUAUAGUCACCGAAACUCCAACUACCGCUGCUACUACACAGGCACCAAAGAUUGUGUCUAGUUCCUCGUCAGCUCCAAGUUUGGCUAUACAAGGACAAGAAUCCACCUCUGAUGCGGGAGAUGGUAUCUAUGGAGUUCAAACUUAUGACGGUGCAGGUUCUCCCGCGGCAGUUUCAAGUAUGUUCGGCGUGCUCAUUUCGGUUCUCUUGUGCUUAGCUUAG